AUGGCCGCCGCAACAACCACACCGAUCGCGGUGCAUCGCCCGCGGACCCUCGUGUCGGCGUGGCUCUUCCUCAGCUCCUUUGUCGUCGCCUGGGAUAUCGGCUACAUUCUGCUGCGACCAAGAAGUAUGCUCGGCGGUGACCUGCAUUGGAUCUGGUCACCCUACUCACUCUACAUGAACGUCGACUACAUCUACGGUCUGCCCUCGUGGGACAGCAAGGAUGGCUUCCCCGCCGCCCAGUCGCUCAUGAACGUCGGCGAGAGCAUUCUCAACCUGUUCUACAUCUAUCUCGUACACGUCAAGGCGACGCCCUCCUCACUGGCUGUGGCACCCAUCUGGGGUCUGACUGCGGUCGUCAUGACGCUCUCCAAGACAAUCCUUUACGUUCUCAACGACUACUGCUGUGGAUGGUGCAAGACGGGACACAACGACUGGUACACGCUUAUCGUCUAUUGGAUCCUCCCCAAUGGUCUCUGGAUCCUCUUCCCCUCCAUCAUCGCUUUCGUGUUCAUCCGAGAACUGUCUACGACGCUCAAGGUCGCGGCUGGAGUACAAGGUGCGAUCAAUCAUACUCCCCUGCAGCCCAUCGCCGCCGCCACGACGGCCGGUGAAGGAACAAGUGAAAAGACGUCAGGGUUGGGCUCUAAUCCGUAUCUGGUUGAUCAUUCGCAGCUCCCGAGCUGGGCACAGGACAACGCGUGGAUCGUCAAGGGCUACCGUCGCCCCGGAGGAACACACCAAGAGGAAAGGCUAAAAAGCUUUGACCACGGAACCGUGUACAAGUGCUGGCGUAGCGUCUGGCUCUAUUGGCACAACGAAUCUGUCAACAUUCACACGCAUCUGUGGGGUGCUGUCUUGUCUGUCGGCCUUUCUGCUAGUCACCUGCUCCAGCAUUUCGACCUUUUUCCCGCCUUCGUCCGCCCUCUUUCGCACCAUCGCUUCUUCUAUCCGUCCAGCCUGACGUUUACCACCUUGUCCGGCAAAGUGCUCCGUCUCGCCUCCGCCUCUUACCCAUUCACUCCGACUUCCAUUCCCGUCCGCUCCGAUCUCCCCUCAACAUCGACAAGCUUCCUCGGUCGUGCGCUCUCCCUCCUCACCUCAUCCGCCGCUCCAGCUUCCACCAUCACCACCAAGCUGACCAACCUCACCAUCCGCGGUCCUGACACACUCGACAUCUUGGGCUUUACCACCUUCUUCAUCGGCGCCAUCAUCUGCCUCGGCUUCUCCGCGACCUUCCACACGGUCCAGUGUCACUCCCAACGUCUUGCCAAGCAGUGCAACAAGCUCGACUACGUCGGCAUUGUCGUCAUGAUCGUUGGCUCCUUCCUCCCUGCCUUGCACUACGGGUUCUACUGUCAUCCGCAUUUCCAACUGGCCUAUUCUGUUGCGAUCACCUCCCUCGGUGCGCUAGCGAUGUAUGUUGUGAUUGCGCCUUCGUAUGCUACGCCGGAGUAUCGAUUCCAUCGCACCUGCGUGUUUCUCGUCCUGGGUCUGUCGGCGGUCAUCCCCGUCGCUCACGUGCUGCAGCUCUACGGCUACCGAACCAUGACCCAAACCAUGGGCUUGCGGUUCCUCAUCCUCUCCGGAGCGCUCUACGUCGUAGGUGCCUGCCUCUACGCUGCGAGGAUCCCGGAACGAUUUGCACCCGGCAGGUUCGAUUUGUUUGGAGCAAGUCAUCAGAUCUUUCACUUUCUCAUCCUCGGCGCUGCCGCAGCUCACUAUGUGAGUAUUAGGAGAGCCUAUGCGUUCUGGCACACCGUCGAGGCGUUGGGUGCUGAUGGUGGGAGAGCUGGUGUCUGCGCUGCGUUGCAGGGGUAG